UGAAUUGGGUUUUGAGAUAGAAAGAAAUUAGAUAAUCAUUAUUUUCCUCCUAAUGGUUCAAGAGCUUAAUAUUGGUUCUAAUGAAGCUAUGUUCAAUGGUGGUUUCUUUGAUUCUUCCGAACAAUUUCAUAACUCAGUAGUAGAUCCAAUAACCAAUAAUAAUGUUGUUUCUGGGUUUCCGAGCUCUGAUUUCAAGAGAAUCAAACUUUCCUCUGAGUCCAACCAACCGGAAUUGGAUUUUCACACUUGUGGAGAAGCAAGUCCUCUUGGUUUGACAUUGAAGAAGACACCAUCUUUUCUCAACUUGGUAGAGAUGACCUUAUCUCACUCAAGGAGCAAAAACUGCUCAACUGGGACACAUCACACAUCGUCGAUUCAAGAACAUUGUCGAGCAAAGAAGAAUGCUUUUGUGUCUCAACCGAUGUCUGAGAAGUUGAAGGCCUCAAACUUCCCUGCAUUGUUGCUCAAAAUUGGCUCAUGGGAGAGAAAAUCUUUGCACGAAGGCGAUUUGGUAGCAAAGUGUUAUUAUGCCAAGAAGAAAAUUGUGUGGGAAGUUUUAGAGGGGGCUUUGAAGAGUAAGAUCGAAAUACAAUGGUCUGAUAUUGAAGCAAUUAGAGCCAUUAUUCGCGAUGAUGAGCCAGGAAUUUUGGAAAUUGAGUUAAACCAACAACCUCAGUUCUUCAAAGAGACAAAUCCGCAGCCACGGAAGCAUACACUUUGGCAACAGGCGAUGGACUUUACUGGAGGUCAAGCCCCCAUUUACAGGAGACAUUACAUCAAAUUUCCUCCAGGAACGCUUGACAAACACUAUGAGAAACUUUUGCAAUGCGACAAACGAUUGUUAGAACUCAGCCAAAAACCUUUCCCAAGGAUGGAAUCUCCUUUUUUCUACUCAAACAUCUAUGAGGUUACCGACAUCCCUUUUGAUUUCACUGUGCGUCGAUCACAAUUCCCUUCCACGUUGCAACAUUGUUUUUCAACUAUUCUUACAUCUUUAGUUCCUGCCCAUCCGAUUCAAAAUUUCAAGCUAACAACCAGACAACCCUUUGGCAUUAUGGACUCAAAUUCACUAAUGUCAGUUAUGGAUUUUCCACGCACAUAUGAGAACGGUCAACAAGGAAACAAUGUCGAAAAUGUUUUAGCAAGGGAAGAUCAAAUACAAGCCAAUGCCAAUGCUGCCUUUUCUUGUCAAGGAUAUCCAAACACUGGGUUACUUGGUGACAUCAAAAACCAUUUUCUAGGUGACUCACAAAAUGUAUGCUCCAAUGAGAGAACGCUCCUUGCCAGAGUGAGUUCAAUGUGUUCAUUGCUCGAUCCAUUUGAGGUGGAAAAUCCCCAAAACGACGAUUCCAUGAAUCAAUUGGAGUAUAAACAAGGAAAAUUUAGUGAUGAUCACUUAAUUUUGGGUACAACCGAGCAUUCUGGAGUAGAUGGCGGGCUAUGCUACCCACAACCCAUUUGUUGCUUGGCUCCACGAGUUUCUGACGAGAGCCAUAUGACGCAUCUUCCGAGGGACAAUUCAUCGUAUCCGUAUGAUUUCUAUCAUCCCGAGGUGAAUGAUUAUGGAUUUGUUGACACUGGCCACGACGUCCACCAAUAG